AUGAAGAUCACGGUCGUCAUCGAUGCUGUCCGAAAGUCAGACGGGAUGCUAGUUUCCAUCAAAACAGUGAAGCGAGACGGUGAUGAAGUUCGCAUCGCGAGUUAUCUCUCUAGACUAGAAGUGUCCUCACAUCCUCUGAACCGCUGUGUGCCUGUGUUGGACAUCUUUCCGGAUCCCUUGAAGCACGAUGCGGCAUUCAUGGUGAUGCCAUAUUUUCGGCCGUUUGACGAUCCCGAGUUUAGUGCAAUCGGGGAAGUUACCGAGUUUGUGCGGCAGACCCUAGAGGGAUUGACGUUUCUCCACAGCCAACGCGUCGCACAUCGGGACUGUGCAGCCGCUAACAUCAUGAUGGACGGCUCUCCGUUGUAUCCGCAGGGUCACCAUCCCCAGCGCACCGAGAGUAGUCCAAAUGGCAUCUUUCUACUCUCUCCAUUGUCUCGCAUCGAUCAUCCUGUACGGUAUUAUUUUAUAGAUUUCGGCAUUUCGACUCUAUUCGAGGAUGGCCAAUCACCUUACGUUGUUGGGCGGGAGGGACGGGACAAGGAGCUUCCCGAGCUAUCAGAUGACGUUCCGUACAACGCGUAUAAGGUCGAUAUCUUCAUCCUAGGCAAUUUGUUCAAAAGGGACUUCUUGCAGGUCAAAUAUUACGGCCUUGAAUUUCUCGACCCGCUGGUAAAAGCAAUGACAGCACGUGAUCCAGCUCAUCGUCCUGACGCAGAGGUCGCUUUGUCAAUAUACCACGAUAUUCGUCGCGGGCUGAAUCCUCCCCUUUUACGCUGGCGCCUUCGCCCGCGGGACGAAUCAGCACCGGAGCGUAUCCUCUAUGAUUCCGUCGCCGUUGCCCGGGAAGGGAUAUACCGCCUCAGACAUAUCGUCGGUUAG